UCUAGUUGUGAUUCCUGGAAUCGCAAACAAGCACCAUGGAAAGAAGAAGAGAGAAAACAGAGACAGAAUAAAGAGAAAAUUAAACAACAAGCAUCCAGUUCUGUGAUCCGCUACUGUUAUAUAUAUAUUUUUACCACCACGAUACUUAGGGCGUGAAAUUGACGCCAUAUUGUUUUUCUUUAUUAAAAUAUCUGAUAGAGAAAGUUCCUAUAGAGUUGAGAUGGAGCGUUUUAAUGAAAGUCUUCUCUCCUUUUCUCUUCGUUCUUCAGCAGACACACACUCUCUUCAGUUCCUCUACACUGCAGUUACAUCAGGAAUACAUUUCCCAGAGUUCACUGCUGUUGGUCUGCUGGAUGGAGAGCAGGUUUUAUAUUACGACAGUAACAUCAGGAAGAUGAUCCCAAAGACAGAAUGGAUGAAGAAGAUCAGUGUUGAUGAUCCAGAUUACUGGAACAGAGAGAUGGAGAAGCAGCAGGAUGAACAGAACACCUUCAAAUCCUACCUGAGUUACGUAAUGCAAAGUUUUAAUCAGACUGAAGGAGUCCAUACACUUCAGAGGAUGUACGGCUGUGAGCUCCAUGAUGACGGCACCACUAGAGGAUACUUCCUAGAUGGUUAUAAUGGAGAAGAUUUUAUUGGCCUGGACCUGAACACUGGAACCUGGACUGCAGAUGAACCUCAAGCUGAAAUCAUCAAGAAGGUGUGGGAGUCUACAGGUCACGAGGUUAUAUACUGGAAGAACUACCUGGAGAGAGACUGUAUUGAUUGUAUAAAGAAGUUUGUGUCUAAUGUCAGAGAGAGGAAAGUUCGUCCUGAGGUGUCACUGUUCCCUGACUACGAUUAUUCUCCAGAGGUGGUGUGUCACGCUACAGGUUUCUUCCCCAAAGAGGUGAUGAUCUCCUGGAGGAAGGACGGAGAGGACGUGAACGAGGACGUGGAACUCAGAGAGACGUUACCCAACCAGGAUGGAAGCUUCCAGAAGAGAAGCAUUCUGAAAGUCCCAGCUGAGGAUCUGCAGAAACACACCUACACCUGCGUGAUUCAGCACAGCAGCUUGAAGGAGGAGUUAGUGCUGCCUGAGGAACCUAGGAAAAACAGUUUCCUAUUGAUCUUUUCAUUGUACACAGAGUGAAGGUGAUUUACUGAUGCAGUUGAUGAGAAAGUGUCUGUGGUUUUCCUAGGUAGAGAACCAUAUAGAGUAUCAGGUGAACGACUGAUUGUUAUCAUCGUUGGUGUAGCCUUGGCUCUCAUGGCUCUCCUUGCCUAUGUUCCUGGAAUUAGCGUCUGGAAGAAGAAGAACUCUGGUGAGAGGAGGAAGGAGCCAGGCUUCAAAUUUGUUCUCUUCAAAAACCCUCCUCUGAAGAGUCUUCCUCCAACCACUGAUGAAAUGUGACUGUGUGUCUUCCUGCUGAACUGAGAGAGAGAGACCAGGAGAUGGAGAUGAGGAUCUCACACACACACACACACAAUUUAGUGUGUAUCUUGGUGUGUGAUAUUAUUCCUGUGCUGGAUGGAGGAGCUUUCUCUUGUAAAUCUCGUGUUCUUGGUGUAAAAUGGGAUUAUUUGGAUUCAUAGGGUUUUAUAUUUUACUCUGUGGAUUUCUCUGCCAUUUUUCUGUAGAAUUGAAUUGGGGAUCAGAACGUCACAACAUGAGAGCUUUGAUUUCCAUCUUUUCCCUUUGACUUCAGUGAGAUCUUCCUCAGUAUCUGUUUGUGUAGCUGAUGGAUUUGUGCGUCUCAGACAGAAACUGGGUUCUUCAGAUGUGAUGAGUGUUGAAGAGAUUGGACUAAAGUGUAAAAGAACAGGAGUGAAGACAGCAGAAGCAGGAGGUCAUGCUGGAUGAUCAGAACUCCAAGCUGUUAUUUUCUCCAUAGGUGCAAAACACAAAGCGACUAAACCGCAUGACACCGAGGACUUCAUUUAUUACUGAACUACAUUUAAAGCUCAAACAAUCCAUUUAAAAUCUGUUCACUUUUCUACUUUAAAGUAAUACAAGUUCUCAGAUUAGAAAAAGAAUAUGCUAAUUCAUCAAUUUUAUGGUCAUAUGUGAGUGUCAUAAGACAUAAGUCUUUUUGAGGUGUAAUUUCAGUAUAAAACAAUAACACAUACACCUAAAAAGAAACAAGCUAAUUUAUUCGAAGAUCCCAUACAAACCGCCAUUAUGAAUGCAAAUGUAUUUAGGUCACAUGACCGUAAUAGCACAUUUCCAUGAACACUGAAUAAAAGUAUGAUACUCGGUUAGAUAGUUAAAAACAUAUAUAUACUACACACAUUUAUGUGACGUUCAGUACUUCCUUCAUUUCAAAAACACCAUAUCUGUUUAUGAAAAUGAUUUUUUUUACUACAUUUGUAGACAUUUAAUGUAAUAUUGUACUUUAUAUAAAUAAAGCAUGCAACUGA